CUCCAACAUAUAAAUAAAGCCUUUGGACACUCCACCAGUCAGAGCACCUGGGUUGGUCCGGAAGCCUCCAGCUGCCUGCCUGCUGACACACCAGGGCCUCUCUGAAACCACCAUGAAAUCCUUCAUUCUGCUCUUUUGCCUGGCUCAGCUCUGUAGCUGCCGCUCGAUCCCACUUGACCCAAUUGCAGGUUAUAAGGAACCGGCCUGUGAUGACCCAGACACAGAGCAAGCAGCCUUGGCGGCCGUGGACUACAUCAAUAAGCACCUUCCUCGGGGCUACAAGCACACCUUGAACCAGAUUGACAGUGUGAAGGUGUGGCCAAGGCGGCCCACGGGAGAGGUGUAUGACAUUGAAAUAGACACCCUGGAAACCACCUGCCACGUGCUGGACCCCACGCCCCUGGCAAACUGCAGCGUGAGGCAGCAGACGGAGCACGCGGUGGAAGGAGACUGCGAUAUCCACGUGCUGAAACAAGAUGGCCAGUUUUCCGUGCUGUUUACAAAAUGUGAUUCCAGUCCAGAUUCCGCCGAGGACGUGCGCAAGUUGUGCCCAGACUGCCCCCUGCUGGCCCCGCUCAACGACAGCCGGGUGGUGCACGCAGUAGAGGUCGCGCUGGCUACCUUCAAUGCCCAGAGUAACGGCUCCUACUUUCAGCUGGUGGAAAUUUCUCGGGCUAAAUUUGUGCCUCUUCCAGCUUCUGUCUCUGUGGAGUUUGCAGUGGCUGCUACUGACUGUAUUGCUAAAGACGUCGUAGAUCCAACCAAGUGCAACCUGCUGGCAGAAAAGCAAUAUGGCUUCUGUAAGGGGUCAGUCAUUCAGAAAGCUGUUGGUGGGGAAGACGUCUCAGUGACUUGCACGGUGUUCCAAACGCAGCCUGUGAUUCCGCAGCCCCAGCCCGACGGCGCCGAAGCUGGGGCCCCGAGCGCCGUGCCGGAGGCAGCCACCCCUGCGCCUUCUGCAGCUGGGCCGCCCGUGGCCUCCGUGGUGGCGGGACCAAGCGUGGUGGCCGUGCCCCUGCCUCUGCAUCGGGCACACUAUGAUCUGCGCCACACUUUCUCCGGUGUAGCCUCGGUGGAGUCAGCCUCGGGAGAAGCGUUCCGCGUGGGGAAGACACCCGUAGGGGGGCAGCCUAGCGUUCCUGGUGGUCCAGUCCGCCUUUGCCCAGGCAGAAUCAGAUACUUCAAGAUCUAGAAGAUGGUCGGAGAUGAGACGGUUUGGCACAGAGAAUACAGCUAUCAUUUUGUCCAAGUAUGGGUAUGGGUAGGGGCUUUGUCUGCUCUGGAAGCAAGUGCUGCCUGUGGCCUAGAUGAAUGUCAGCUCUUGAGUCCCAACUUCUCAUCCUUCCAAGACCAGGAGCCGAGGAGGUGCUAGUGAUGUUUGAUGGAACAUAAAGUCAGCAGCUUGAUGGUCAUUGCUUUGAUGUAAGCCUCCACCACUGUGUUCUCUACCUUCUCUUUCCUGACCUCACAAAAAUAAUUGGAACUGUGACUUUGAAAGGUGCUCUUGCCAAGUUUAUAUCUACUUGUCAUUAAAAAUGCUCUAAUAAAGAAGGUUCUAAGCUGA